UAGAAGAAAGAGAGAGAAUGAAAGAUGCGACUUGGAUUCGUGGGUCCCAAGCAUGAACCAUUCCCUUCAAACUUCAAAGCCAUACUUUCUUUUUUAUUCAAAAUCCUUUUCCUCUUUUCUUUCUUUCUAUUUAUAAACCGUUCACCGCUUCAUUUUCUUCUUCACCUCUCAAUUCCCACGUGGACACUCUCCUUCUUCCUCUUCCUCUUCCUCUUCAUCCUUUUUCAUAAUUUCAUACAAACCCACCAUUGGAAAUUCGAUGUCCAAUUUCAAAUCCAACUUAUCUCUCAGAACAACUGAUCAUGAUAAGAAUGAAGAUAAAAUGGAUACUAAUCACAAUGAGUUUCAUCAAUGCAGUUUUCCCCGGCAACCAGGUUAUCCAACUUCCCUUUUACCUCCACCUUUUAAGAAGAUCCGAGACCCUGAAAGUCACGACCCAAUUCACCCAUUGGAUUCAAUUUCUCAUCACUCAUUCCCUUUCUUGAAUCCACCCUCCUCUGUUUCUUCUCCUGCCUCUACAAGACCUUUGUUUCCUUUUGCUUUGGAACCAUCCCAAUUCAAAACAGAGCCUGUUGCAUCUACGGUCCAUCAACCUCCAUCAGUUCUGCCACAGCAUAAUCAAUUGGUGGCUCCACCACUUGCUUCAACCCAAAACGGAUUCGGCUACCCGCCUUACUUCAUGGGAGAAUUCGCAUCCUUUCAACAACAAAAGCAGCAGCAGCAGCAGCAGCAGCAGCAGCAUCAGCAAUUUCUUCAGUAUUGGAAUGAAUCUCUUGAUUUGAAUUCAAGGGCAGGGUUUAGGCCUCAAGUGCGGCCUCUAAAUGCAACAAAGCUAUACAGAGGAGUUAGGCAGAGACAUUGGGGGAAAUGGGUAGCUGAGAUUCGUCUUCCUCGAAACAGGAAUCGUCUCUGGCUCGGCACAUUCGACACCGCCGAAGAUGCUGCCUUAGCCUACGACCGAGAGGCUUUCAAAUUGAGAGGAGAGAAUGCACGGCUUAAUUUUCCUGAACUCUUUCUCAAUAAAGAUAAAGAAGCAGAAGAAGAAGAAGAAGAAGAAGAAGAAGAAGAAGAAGAAGCCUCACAAACUUCUGCUCCUCAACAGGAUGUAGACAAUAACAAUCAUGACAAUGACAUAGAAUUAGAGUCCAAUAACGAGGGUGUGACAGAGGAAAACAUACAAGAAGAAGAAGAAGAAGAAGAAGAAGGUAUUUCAAAAACACAAGAAAUGGUUUGGAGAGAAAUGGCAGAGGCUUGGUUAAACGCGAUGCCAGCCGGUUGGGGCCCUGGUAGCCCCGUGUGGGAUGAUUUGGACACAACCAAUAAUCUUCUACUGCAGCCGCAGCUUCAAUUUGUUAAUCCAAUUCAACAACCAUCAUUUGACUUAACAUCAGCUUCACCUUCUUCUUCAUCUUGCCCAAUGAAGCCUUUCUUUCUCAAGGAUGAAGAUUAAACUUUCACAAGAGAGAAAGUUAGAGAGAGUGCACUCGUGGGCCAUUACUUUUUCUUGGUUCUUAUUGUUAGUAACAGGCACAAGUUUCUAGAGACUAUCACUAUCACUUACAAGCAUGCUAUUCUGGUUUAGAUUUUUUUUCCUGUCAUAUAUAUAUAUAUAUAUAUAUAUAUAUAUAUAUAUAUAUAUGUAUAUUUAUUUUGUUACAUUUUGAUUUUAUGGUUAAUGUUCUGUCUUCUAAUGAACUGCUAUGUUUUUAGUUUAAUAGUUGGCCAGAGUAGCAGGAGACAGUUUGGUGAUCUCCUCUUCAUUGGGUCCAUCAUCCAUCAGGGGCUCUGUUUUUUGGCCAAGAGGAUGGCAUGGAAGCACAUUCUAUUUUUCAUAUUUCACAUCAACUUUUAGCUUCCCAAUAUACUAUGUAAUAUAAUCUUCAUUAUUACAUUAUAUAUUUUCUUUCUAUUUCCA